AUGUCGCGUAUGUCAUCGAAAUUAAGGGAUCACAACACUUGGGUUCUUGAUUCACAACAAAACCCAGCAAUCAGCAGAACAGGGGCAACGAAACAAACUGUAACAAAAGUGCCCAAGAAGACUUAUCAUCGUACAGUAACCCUACGUAUUCCAUUAGUUGAAAAAAAGUAUUUUCUAAAGCCUGCUCCAAUCGAACGACAAAACGGAAAAUCAGUCGUAGUAGAACGAACAACAAGUACAGCCAGUCAAAUUGCAACUAAGGCGAUAUUAGGAGUUGCUUUUGCUGUUGCUGUUUCUUAUCUUCUGCGUGAUACUCUUAACAAUCGCGGUUUCGAAUGGCGUCUGCCACGAGUGACUCAAUCUGAAACUUGUAACAUGGAUCUCGCGAAAAAUAGAGAUUUCAAUAGGUUCUAUGGUCUAUCUAACUCAGGAAAUCAUUUCACGAGUCUAACAAAUGACGCUUGCGAUUCGAAAAUCGUCGUCAAGUCUCUUUUUCCACCAGCAGUUCUUAAAUCAGAUCAACCAGCAAGUUCGUUCAUUAUCUUGUCAAAGUUUGGCACCGGAAAAACGUCAUUGCGAUGUGAAUAUUUGAAAUCCUUAUCAUCCGCUGAUUAUUUCAAACUACUUAUUUUGAAUCAAGACUUGAACAAGUACUUAGAUAGAUUCGUACAAUUCGAAAUCUCUCGAAAAACGGAAUGUCAAGGUUCGAACUGUUUAGUGAACUGGUCAACUGAUGAAUUCGGGCAAAUGAUACUGUCUUUGCUGGUCACACAGCUUGUUGAUGAGUACGAACAAGAAAAAUUCUAUCUGUCAGAUGUGUUAUUGGAUGAGAAGAUAGAAUUGAUUACGAUUUUAUGUUAUUAUUAUAAUGGAGAAGAUCUAAAGAAGUUGGAAAUGUUUGUGAAUUAUCUUUUAGAGAAGCCGUCGUCCGAAAAAUACAGUGCAAGCGAUGUUGUUCUUCAAUAUAUUCAGCAAAAUGUCUAUUAUGAGAAGCCGUUAUUCAAGCAUCUCAAAGAUGAGUUAAACAAAUUUACUAUACUGAGUAAAAUUUACGAGAAACUUCACUUGUUAAUAGUCGUGACAGAAGGCGAGGAGUUUGUCAACUUGGUAGAGCGAAGAACAAUGUCUGGAAAUGUAUUUACACACUUCACGUGGAUAUUGGAGAUCUUGAACAAGCUCCUCAGGAAAUCCGUGGUAGUGAUAGUCGAUGGAAUCGACGAAAGUCACUACUUUUUACAGAAAAACACCGAGAGCAGAAAAGCGUUAGAAUUGUUCUUUCGUUCUUCUGUUUCGCAUAAGAUUCAGUCACUGGUACUAGCCCAGCAUUUUUAUUUAGCUCUAUUCUAUCCUCAAAUUAACGCCACUAACUUUCAAGAUGCAAUCGUUCGAAGUGACAAAUUUCCGACGCAUCGAAUACAAUGGGAUACUAACGCAUUGAUGAAUUACGCUGAUGCUGUCUUACAGGAGAUGAACGAGAAUGCUUCAACAGAUCGGUGUCGAGAAUUUACAGAUUUUGCAGCACUGGUCAAUUACCACGAUCCAAACAUCACUGAGAUCAUUAAUCACCUCCAGACACCACGAGAACUUCAUCAGUUCGUGCAGAAAUUAAUCAUGGAAAUGAACAAUAGUGCGAAAGACAACGACAUGCCAUUUAUCGCUACUUACGAAAAUGUCCGAAAAGCAUACUCAGAAGCAGAAACUCUCUUCAAUAGAGAUGAUAAACUAACUGAAGCCUAG